GUCUCUCAGUUCUCACGAGCAUGAGUUCAUAAUGAAGCGCCGACUGGAGGAUCAGGAAACGGUUUUUGCAUCCCAGCAGCGGCGCCUCGCUGGCAACACAGAGGCUUUUCAGCAUCGUGUCCUGGCCCCUGCUCCCACCCCGGCAGUGUAUGAGGCCGUGUCGGACAACAUGCAGCCCACAGGAGGUGUCCAGUACUCCGUCCCACAGGGUUACCAGGUUCCCACUGUGUCCCAGAACAGUGGUGGGCACGGGCACACCCCAAGUCCAGCCAUCCAUGGGGGUUCCCACCACCACAGUCCCUCUGUCCAAUCUCAUGGGGCUUCAGUGAUGUCAGGUCACAGUCAUUCAGCUGCUCCUCAGGCCUCAGCACAGGGUCAGCAGCAGUUCCAAAGGCUCAAGGUGGAAGAUGCUUUGUCUUAUUUGGACCAAGUGAAGCUGCAGUUUGGAAACCAGCCUCAGGUCUACAACGACUUCUUGGAUAUAAUGAAAGAGUUCAAGUCCCAAAGUAUCGACACUCCAGGGGUCAUAAACCGAGUGUCACAGCUGUUUAAAGGACAUCCUGACCUCAUCAUGGGCUUUAACACUUUCCUACCACCGGGCUACAAGAUUGAGGUCCAAACUAACGAUUUGGUCAACGUGACAACGCCCAGUCAGAUUCACCACAUCACCCCGCAUGGCAUUUCAGUCCAAAACCUGCCCUUACCAGCGGCAGCUGCCCAACACCAGGCACAGCUCCCACCUGCAGUAACCACCACAACCCCACCUGUUUUAACACAGCCUCCCCCUGCCAAGGUGUCCAAGCCUCUCCAGCCCCAGACCUUGACACAGAGCAGCCAAAGCAAUCCGUCCAUACCUGCGUACACUUCUCCCCGCUCCCCACCCAUUCAGCUCCACCAGCCACUCAGUGGGACCCCCACUGGUCCGCCCAUGCAGAACAACCAGCCUGUGGAGUUCAACCAUGCCAUCAACUACGUCAACAAGAUAAAGAACCGAUUCCAGGGCCAGCCUGACAUUUACAAAGCCUUCCUUGAGAUUCUGCACACCUACCAGAAGGAGCAGCGUAACGCAAAGGAGGCGGCAGGAAACUACACACCAGCUCUGACAGAACAGGAGGUCUACGCUCAGGUGGCCAGGCUCUUCAAGAACCAAGAGGACCUGCUGUCAGAAUUUGGUCAAUUUCUUCCUGAUGCCAACAGUUCAGUGUCUGAGCAGGGACACCCAGACUUCCCUCUUCCCAGACACUUCCUCCAGCUCUUCUGGGGGGAUCCUGAGGCGUUCCCAGGCCAGCCGAGCGACAUAGUUGCUGCAUCAUGUCCUGGGUCUUCCUCUGGGUCUCCUCACAGUGGGUCAAGACCCGAGCAUCUCUCGAGGGAGGCGUCCAGGGGGGCAUAUGAUCUGUUAAACAAGACCACAGCUGAGAAGGUAGAGUCUGUACGGAACGACCAUGGUGGCACUGCCAAAAAGCUGCAGCUCAAUAACAAACAGAGGCCCAAUCAGAACGGCUGUCAGAUCCGUCGUCAUCCAACUCCAGGGACCACGCCGCCCGUCAAGAAGAAACCCAAAUUACUUAAUCUGAAAGAUUCACCAGUCAUGGAAGCGAGCAAGCAUGGAGUAGGCACAGAAUCUCUGUUCUUCGAGAAGGUCCGAAAAGCCUUGCGAAGUACAGAGGCCUAUGACAACUUCCUGCGAUGUCUGGUCAUCUUCAAUCAGGAGGUAAUCUCCAGGGCUGAACUGGUGCAGCUGGUGCUGCCAUUUUUAGGAAAAUUUCCUGAGCUGUUUAAUUGGUUCAAGAACUUCCUGGGAUAUCGUGAAAUGUCUCAUAUCGAAUCUUAUCCUAAAGAACGGGCCACCGAGGGCAUCGCCAUGGAGAUUGACUAUGCUUCCUGUAAGAGACUGGGCUCCAGUUACAGAGCCCUGCCCAAAAGCUACCAGCAGCCCAAAUGCACUGGGAGAACUCCACUAUGUAAAGAGGUUUUGAAUGACACCUGGGUGUCCUUCCCCUCCUGGUCUGAAGACUCCACCUUUGUCAGUUCUAAAAAAACUCAGUAUGAGGAGCACAUCUACAGAUGUGAGGAUGAAAGAUUUGAGCUGGACGUAGUACUGGAAACUAACCUGGCCACUAUCCGAGUCUUGGAGACAGUACAGCGGAAGUUGUCCCGAAUGUCUGCUGAAGAACAGGCCAAGUUCCGCUUGGACAACACACUAGGUGGCUCCUCUGAGGUUGUGCAUCGCAAGGCCAUCCAGAGGAUAUACGGGGACAAAGCCCUUGACAUCAUAGACGGCUUAAAGAAAAACCCAGCGAUCUCUGUUCCCAUCGUGUUAAAGAGGUUAAAGACAAAGGAGGAGGAGUGGCGGGAAGCCCAAAGAGGCUUCAACAAGAUCUGGAGAGAACAGAAUGAGAAGUAUUACCUCAAAUCUCUGGACCAUCAAGGCAUCAACUUCAAACAGAACGACACCAAAGUGCUUCGAUCCAAGUCCCUGCUAAAUGAAAUAGAGAGCAUCUAUGAUGAGCGCCAGGAGCAGGCCUCGGAGGAAAACGCCAGCCCACCCACGGGUCCUCAGCUGACCCUGGCCUACGAAGACAGUCAGAUCUUGGAGGAUGCUGCUGCUCUCAUCAUCCAUCAUGUCAAGAGGCAGUCGAGCAUUCAGAAGGAGGACAAAUACAAGAUCAAGCAGAUCAUCUACCACUUCAUCCCAGACAUGCUGUUCUCACAGCGAGGUGAGCUCUCUGACGUAGAGGAGGAAGAGGAGGAGGAGGAGAUGGAUCUGGAGGAGGGAGCAUCCAAAAAGCACAACGGCGUGCCCAGCACCGGGAGCCCCUCCAAAUCCAAGCUGCUCUUCAGCAACACUGCAGCGCAGAAGCUGCGCAGCUGCGACGAUGCCUACAACCUCUUCUACAUCAACAACAACUGGUACAUCUUCCUGCGGCUGCACCAGACGCUGUGCUCACGUCUGCUACGUCUGUACGGACAGGCAGAACGGCAGAUCGAAGAGGAGGUCAGGGAACGUGACUGGGAGAGGGAAGUCCUCGGAUUUAAGAAGGAGAAGAGUGACAAUCCGGCCAUCCAGCUGAGACUGAAAGAGCCCAUGGACAUCGAGGUGGAGGAUUACUACUCUGCCUUCCUGGAGAUGGUCAGAAAUCUGCUGGACGGAAACAUGGAAGCUUCUCAGUACGAAGACUCGCUGAGGGAAAUGUUCACCAUCCACGCUUACAUGGCCUUCACCAUGGACAAGCUCAUCCAGAGCAUCGUUCGGCAGCUCCAACACAUCGUAAGUGAUGAGAUCUGCAUCCAAGUUAUGAACCUGUACCUGGCAGAGAGCUCCAAUGGGGCCACAGGAGGAAGCCUGUCCACUCUGUCUUCAAGAAGUUCUGCCGAGGUCAUCUAUCAGCGGAAAGGCGAACAACUCAUGUCUGAAGAUAACUGCUUCAAGGUGAUGUUUUCGAGAAACUGUGGACAGGUGCAGCUCACAGUGGAGCUUCUGGACACAGAGGAGGAGAACUCAGAAGAGCCAAUGGAAGCAGAGCGUUGGUCAGAUUAUGUAGAACGUUACUUGAACCCAGAUUCCACCACACCUGAGUUGAGGGAGCAUCUCGCCCAGAAACCUGUCUUUCUUCCCAGGAAUCUUAGACGCAUCCGGAAGUACCAGAAGGGCCGAGAGCAACUGGACAAGGAAGCCUGUGAGGGUGGAAAGAAAUCUCUGGAAAAAGAAAAAAUGGAGUGUAUGUUCAAACUCAAUUCUUACAAGAUGGUCUACGUCUUCAAGUCGGAGGAUUACAUGUACAGACGCACGGCCCUGCUGCGAGCACACCAGUCACAUGAGAGGGUGAGCACGCGGCUACACAAUCGCUUCCAGGCCUGGGUGGAUGCUUGGGUCAAGGAGCAUGUCACCCGCGACAUGAGCACUGAGACCAACAAGUGGCUGAUGGGGGAGGGGCGCGAAGGGUUAUUGCCUUGCACCACCGCUCGUCAGCCGGAGGUUGUACACUUCAUGAACAUCAACAAGUACCGCGUCAAAUACGGCACAGCUGGAAAAGCACCGUAGCUGAGGAGGGAGCAGAAAGAGAGACUGAUUCCUGUGGUUGUGUUUGGUCUGAAGUCAAACAGGUCAGCAGUAGAGUGAGGGAUGAGGGCUUAUUAAUGUGAUUUUAAGGCUGACAUGGGAGCACAAUUUAGCUAGCUGCCGUGUCGCGUUGCACCCGGGGCGGCAGGAUUACUGAUUUUACCAGCGUUUUUAGCUGGGCCCACUUUUUUUUUUUCUCACAGGGCCUUCAGUGCCAAAACUUAGGAAUGGUCUUGUUCCAGUCCUGGACCUGAGCUCUUACCAGCAACUCAGAACCACGUCUCAAACAAAGUUCCCUGAGCUUUUUUUAUUUCUGCAGGGCUCAGCAACACAAGCUGUGAAGCUGAGAGAGACAGAGUGGUGCUUUUUAUACUCCGAUUUUGACUGAACACGCUCCAUCCAUCGUAUGUCAGUCGUACAGGGAUUUUCUUUACUAUAGUGUUAUUAUACAGUUACAAUGUAAAACAAUAUGAGGACAAGUGCACUUAUUUAGGAAUAGGAUUUUUUUUUCCCCCUUAAGUGAAAUGUUGGAGGAAGCUCAAACAAAGUCUGGUCCAGACAUUCCUGUGUUAUGGCCAAAUCACAACUAUGUACCUAUCACUAGAGGAGAAACAAAGGGUGUUUCCUCUGCUUUCUCCUAACAAACACUUGGCAGCAUUACUAGAAACUGUGCCUGAGCCCCAAACAAUAUUGUCAGGUUAUCGCCAAAUGCACUGUUGCAUCUAAUGUACAAAAGAAAGUAGCCUCACAACACUGUUUGGUCUCAGACUGAAAAAGUUGUAUAGCUCGUGAAUGUCAGAUACUGACAUGAAUUCCAGUGUAUGUGUUGUGUAUAUAUAUUAUAUAUAGUUCUAUAAAUACACAUGAUCCCUGCCGCCCUGGAAGUCCAACCUUUUUAAAGAGAACGCCCUCUGCCACCAGCUUUCACACACACACACACACACACACACCCUUCAUUGAUAGGACUGUCCACUCACAUUGUAAAUACACUGUACAUAGUCUCAGACUUUUUAUGACAAAUCUGUGUUGUUGUGCUAGUAAUACUUUACAAGGUUACUGUGGACUUAGUGAUAAAUGGCUAAAGUUAGUAUGUUCACGGAAAAGACAAAUGCAAAACCAUUUAUUACAGUUUUUACCAAAGGGAGUUGAUUAUAGCUGUUCCCCCCUUUGUGUGUUCUUUGUCUGUUACUUUUUAAAUUCUGUAGUCAAAACUCAGAAGAGUAGAAAUGUAUCCAGGCCUUUUUGGUUUUUAUAUUUGAAGAAUGACAUUUCCUACAAAAAGGAUAUUUGUUUCGGCCAAAAAAAAAAA